AUGAGCGACACCAUGCGAGCUAUCGGCAUCAAAGGCGGCAAGGGCCCCGCAUCAAGCCUCUUCAUCGACCAGAUCGCCAAGCCCACCCCCCAAGAAGGCCAAGCAAUCAUCAAGAUCCGGGCCUUUGGACUGAACCGCAUGGAUUUGCUGCAGCGCGAGGGUCUGUACCCGCUUCCGCCGCAGGCACCCGAGACCAUGGGCGUUGAAUUCUCCGGUGUGAUUGAGAGCUUCGGCCCGGACGGCCAUGAAGACUUCAAAGUCGGAGACGAAGUCUUCGGACUUGCCUAUGGCGGUGCUUAUGCGGAAUACAUUGCGGUGUCCGCGAAAAUGCUAGUUCACAAGCCCAAGGAGAUUUCAUGGGAAACGGCUGCUGGUAUUCCCGAGACCUGGAUCACGGCCUCGCAGGCCCUCUUCUUGAUUGGCGAGUUCCAAUCUGGCCAAUCUAUCCUCUGGCACGCCGGUGCCUCCUCCGUCUCAAUCUCGGGAAUCCAGCUUGCCAAGGCCGCCGGUGCGAGCGCUAUCUACGCUACUGCGGGCUCGCAAGAGAAAAUUGAUUUCCUGGAGAAGGAGCUCGGCGUGACAAAAGCCUUCAACUACAAAACUCAAGACUGGGCCGCGGAAAUCCAAAAGGCCACCGGCGGCGCGGGCGUCAACCUAACCGUCGACUUCAUCGGCGCUACGUACUUCCAAGGUAAUCUGGACGUGGCGGCUCGGGAUAGCCGCAUUGUGCUUCUCGGUUUGAUGGGCGGUGGUAAGCUGCCUGACGGAGUCAACAUUGCGCCUUUGUUGUUCAAGCGGGUCCGGAUCGAGGGAAGUACUCUCCGAUCGAGGGAUGUGGAAUAUCAGCGUAAGUUGAGGGAUACACUCGUUGACCAUGCUCUGCCGAAGUUUGUGGAUGGGACCUUUAAGGUUUUUGUUGAGAAAGUUUUGCCGUUUGAGAAGAUUGAGGAGGCUCACAAGUUGCUUGAGGGUAAUACCACUAAGGGCAAGAUUAUCUGUGUUUUUGAGUAG